AUGGACGCAAUACGAAGUAGUAGUGACGAGAAAAGUGAUGCUCUUCGCCAGAAUUUGCGCCGUGUCAUUGGCGGAAUGGAAACGCUCAGACCUUAUCAAGAGUCUAACUACUUUGAUCAACUAAAGGAAAGUGUGCGGGAGAUCCAGGCCACGCAUUAUAGUCCCAAGAAGGUGGUGAAGGGGCUUGGAGAGAUACCUCCAUUGGCAAAUAUUAAGGAGAAAGAGAGCGGUGAAACAACCAGCUUAAAGAAAGAGUAUGAAGGAUCCAACCAACGAAAGAGUGGCUAUGGAAAGCUGUCAAUUCUUCAUGGAAGUCGACAUAACGAGCCGCCAAAGAAGGCAAACGUUCCUGAAUUUGCAAUAGUACCAGAGUUUAAGAAGAAUCCAGAGUUUGGAACAAAAGUGCCCAAUAAGAUAUCCAAGGCACAGCUGGCUAAACCUACUCAGGUACCUGAGAGAAAACCUAAGGCAGAUGAUGCUACAUCUCGUGGAAUCCUCCUAGCUCACAAAAUUGACGCUCAGAGCGACCGCAUAGCACAGCUAGAAGCAGAAGUACAGAGGAUAAAGAACAUCAACCAUAAGCUAGAAGAGGCCAAUCGGACUGCCCACCAAAAUCUAGAACUACAACGGGAAGAAAUGCAAGAACAGCUUGCCAGAGCCCAUUUGGCCAAUCUUGAGCAGAUGUUGAAGGCAACUGGCGGGUAUGAUAGAAACGAAAAUUAUGGUGAUGAUGAUAUUGACGUUGACGUUGACGAAGAUGAUAAAUUCAAGGAAUGUACUCGCCAUGGACUCACUAGCCACAACACGCCACUCACUAGCCACCAAGGCAACAAAAACACCAGCCUCGGGCCAAGCAUCAUCAGUGGUGAUCGUCAUCAAAACAAUGACAGUCGCCACCGAAUCAGCCUUGGUCUAAAUGAAAACAUUCACGUCACGUCCCCACAUCACUCACCUCCACCAUCAUCACGUGCUGACGUCUACAAAUUGCUAUACCAACAAACCGCACGCAAACUUCGGGCGAGCAUUCAAAUCUCCGAGUUUCAAGCACGGACCAUCCAAAAAUUAUCCAGCAUACAUGUCUCUACUGAAUCCACCACCCAACUCAUCAAUGGCACAGUGGACUCCACCACUGCAUUCCUCGGAACAACAUUCGGCAGUGAUGACUCCACCUCGGCACUCAUUCUUGGCUCACACGACGUCUACGAUGAUAUCUACCCAAAGAGGCGCACACCUCUGGCGACUCUAAGAGCAGUGAUUUGGGCUGUGAGGUUCACCAUCCGGAUACUGCGCCAAGGGCACCUGCAAGGAGGCCUCCCAGUUAUCUAA